AUGACUGACUUUGACACGCUCGUUUCAAACUCGAAAUUCGACAUGCCAACACAUCUGAACUCGGUUGCGCAUCUUGGAAGGGACAGUCCAACAUUACAAGCAUCAAUUGUAGAACAUGCAAAGUCAACAUCCAUAGUAGUGCAUGACACGAUAUUAUCGCUGCUACAAGAGUUCUUGGAUCUCAAGCGAGCUGAAGGAUCGAGUGUGGAUAAGGCUGUUUAUGAGGGCAUGGAUGUUCAAGAUUUCAUACGCAGACUUAUACGGCAGAGACCUAAAAGCUUCGUUGGGCCUAGCGACACUACGCUUUUGCGCAAUGGUGUUCGUGCAAACGGCAUGCAUUGGCUAUCAGUCGGCACAGAUCACGAGGAAUCGAUACAUCUAGUCGACUACCUCUCAUACGAUGAAAUGCAGUUGUCCGCAUUGCUCGGAGUAUCUUCUCCUACGCUAUUUAUUAAUAACGGAUCUCGUUACAAUGAAGCAAAACCUGGUCAACCCGGUACUUUUCAACACGAUGGAAUCUAUAUAGGUCUGGUGGGAGCCAGAUUUGAGCACUUAGACAAGAUGGAUUCUCUCUACAUGAUCAAAUCAGCACGUGAACAAAGCAAACUAGAUCAUAUGUGGAAUAGGUUUUAUGGUAUUGACUCGACGAGUACCUGGACUCGUCUAUCAAAUGGGAUACAAUUCAACAUUGCUGCAUAUAAGAAGAGAGUCAGUAUACCUAUUCAGCUUUUGCUACUGGAAGCAGAACGAAGAGCUCUAGCACUGAACCGUUACGCGUAUGUACAUCUUGUCGGCCUUGGUUUAGGAGCUUGGCAGAUCACAGAUGAGCAACAAUACUGGUUUGCUGAAAAUGUAGUUGAAUCUAUCAAGGAGUUGAAGUUACCACAUGUUGGAGUAGUGGACUUUAGCUGGUUUGACAAGGACCUGCCAGCUAAACUGGAUUACCCUCGUACUGGUGAAUACGCCAAUGGCAAUAGAAUCAAACUCGUAUUUUCACGUAGAGAGCCAGCUGCUUUAUUGACCGGAGACGAUGCGGAUAAGCUGGUUGUGGCGUCGUAUGCGUGGGAUGGAAACUCGUUUGCUGGAAACGAGUAUUGGAUGGGAUCAUUAUCAGGAUCUGGAGAUCCAGCUGCUGUGUGUUGCUCUACCAUAGGUGAACUUCAGAAUCCUUGGAUUAAUCCUUGGAUGACGAUACAGGUGCUGAAGUCGUAG